AUGAUAGCAUUUACUCUUGUAGUACUUUUUAUUAGUUAUAACCAUAUUGAUUCUCAAUCAUGGAACACAUCAGAUGGAAUUCUUCCAUGGGAAUCCUAUAUAAAAUUAAUUGAUAUUCAACAACCAUUAGGUCUUACACUUAAUCGAUCAUCACUUGCUCAUCAUCAUUUUGCAAUUGGAUACCUUUGUCUUCAUACAUUUAUGUAUGAUGAAGCACAAGAUGCUUUUAAUUUAGCACUCAAUGUCACUCCUACAUUCAUAGAAGCUCACAUUGGUAAAAUACUCGCAUGUAAACAUGCAAUAUGGUCGGAGACUGAUUUUAAUUGUGGUUUAGCAGCAUACAAUGCAGCUCAAAGCAUGUUGAAUACAUCAAAUAUUACAUUAUUACCAUUGCAAUCAUCACUUCUUUCAACUGCCUAUUUAUGGUAUUCCAAUGAGUCAUCUAUAGCAGCUGGAGAACUUGCAUUUUCAACAUCAAUAGGAAAUCUAUCACAAGCAUAUCCAAAUGUAACUGAUAUUACGGUUUUAUGGGGUCUUUCUCUUCUCAAUGUAGCAUAUCAAGAUCAAUUCGACGGUGUAAUGGAACCAGCACCAAUGUUGCAAUCAAGAGAAGUAUUGGCAAGUGCUUUAAAAAAUGAACCAAAUCAUCCGGGUGCCCUUCUUUAUAUGAUACUCGCUUAUGAUGUUGCUCAGAGUAGUAUAGCCAAUAAAGCAGUAGAUUAUGUAUCAAGUUAUCAAAACUUAUCUUCGACAUUGUCCUAUGCAAUAUUUAUACCUGCUCAUAUUUGGAUGCGUAUAGGUUCAUAUGCUUCGGCUAAAUCAUCUGAUUUCUCAUCUCUUCAAGCUAGUUUAUCAUUAUGUUUAAUUAAAAUAACGGGUCGUAAUAUGACUAUUGCUUCAACUGAACUUAACUCUGUUCUAGCUCAAUUAAAUACUACAGAUCAAGUGCAAGCUUUUCUUCAAUGUGAUGCUAGAAAUCGAGGAACAGCCACAGAAUGGCUAGCUUCUUCUUUUCUACAAACAGGUGAUUGGAACGAUACAUUAUCUUCCAUAACUGAUUUGUAUCUUGCUUAUAAUGAAUCACUUCCAAUAUCAAGUCUUUAUUUAUCAUAUGCUUAUCGAACUCGUGCACGUGCUGUUAUCAAUAUAUUCUAUUGGUUACCAUACGAUAUUCAAUUUAUUGACAUGGCAAAUAAAGUACAACAACUACAUGAUACAUUGGAUUCAUUUACAUCGAAUACUAAUAUGACAGAUGAAGAUUUAGCAUGGAGCGAAGCAGGAUAUCGACUAAGUAGUUGUUUUCGGAUAUUAACAAAUAUCAAUGCAACUUAUUCUGAUCCAACUAUACAACCAACAAUAGAUGAACAUCUUGCUCGUUUUGCUGUACUUUCUAAUGAAACUGCAUCAUUAAAUCCAUAUAUAUCAGUUAGUAUAUCACUAAUGAUAAAUCAAGUUUAUGGAAUUAUUUAUUAUCAAAAUAAUUCAUUUCGAGAUUGUUUAAGUAUAUUAGAUGCAGCUACUCAACGUGAAUUUAGUCUUGUUAUUGAUAACAAUAGUCCUAUUUUGAUAUAUGCACGUUCUUCCGAAUUACUUGCAAUGCAUUUAUUAUUAAUUCAACGAGUAGCAUAUGGAAAUCUAUCAGCAACUGCAAUUGCUAAUCUUCCUACGUUCACGUUAAAUGGUACUCAAGUAUCUGUAAGCCAAUUUUCACAAUAUGCUUUGAAUCUUUAUCAAAUAGCUAAUUUAUCAUCACCAAAUCGAGCGAUUAAUAUACUUGGUGCAGCUCGAGCGAAUUCUCAACUUCUUCUUAAUAAUGUUGCAGCAGGAUACUAUCAAAUGUUACUCGAUCAAAUAAGUUCACAGAAUGCAUCUGAUCCAGUAUUUUUUCAAGAAGCAAUUAAUUUUAUUGCUCAGAAUCAAGUUUUACAGAGCUCUGCUAACAAUAAUCAUUUGAAUUUUUUUAUCAAUCUUAUCUCUUUUUGUAUUUUUAUUUUUUUAUUAAAUAAUCAAUAA